AUGUCCGUUAAGCGAGUUUGCCAAUUGGUGAAGCUCAAGCCUUCCGCUGAAGCUGAAUAUCGAAAGAUUCAUGCGGAAGUGUGGCCCAGCGUUCUUGCAGCAUUGGAGCGAGCCCACGUUGAAGACUACUCGAUCCAUUAUUAUGCUCCACUGCAGUUGCUGAUCGCCAACUUCAAAUAUACGGGCUCAGACUAUGAGGCGGAUAUGAGGAAAGUCGCUGAAGAUCCGGAAACCCAGCGUUGGUGGCAAAUUACCGAUAUUAUGCAGGAAACUCUGGUCGAAGGCGCUAGCGGGAGUGGAAAGGAAGUUCCUUGGUGGGCGGACACUGAGGAAGUGUUUCGAAACGUCCAUCUACACACACCCAAACGACCAUGGCUGAAGGAAGCAACUACGACUACCUCUUCAAGGUCGUUCUCAUUGGUGACUCUGGAGUCGGCAAAUCCAAUCGUUCUGCUCUCGCGAUUCACCCGCAACGAAUUCAACCUCGAGUCCAAGUCAACGAUUGGUGUCGAGUUUGCGACCCGGUCAAUUGACGUCGACGGCAAGACGGUCAAGGCGCAGAUUUGGGAUACAGCUGGCCAAGAACGAUACCGCGCCAUCACUUCUGCGUACUAUCGUGGCGCCGUUGGCGCUCUACUAGUCUACGACAUCGCCAAGCAUGCAACCUACGUGAACGUAACACGGUGGCUGAAGGAGUUGCGCGACCAUGCCGACUCAAACAUCGUCAUCAUGCUGGUCGGCAACAAAAGUGACUUGAAGCACCUCAGGGCUGUGCCGACAGAUGAGGCGAAGACGUUUUCGACGGAAAAUGGAUUGUCGUUCAUCGAAACUUCGGCGCUGGACGCCUCAAAUGUCGAGAGUGCAUUCCAAACGAUCCUGACAGACAUUUACCGCAUCGUAUCUAGCAAGUCCCUUGAGCAGUCGAACAACACCGUCGACCUCCCCAACAACAGUGUCAGCGUUGGCCCCAGCGUCGAUUCCACCGCCCAACCCGCAAGCAAGUGCUGCUAA